AUGUCGGCAUCCUACGACGCCAUUAGCAGGAACUUUUUCACGGAAGAAUGCUACAAAGAGUGGUACAAAGUCAGAGACUACCCACUCACAUGUCAGAAGAUCAGCAAUCUCUUUAGCUAUCACCAACUCGCACACAUCCUCACUCCAUCACGGACAGCGCUCUUUGCGCGUCUUCACAUAUUGGACACUUGGGGCAAUACGACUUGUACGUUCGGAGAAUGCGAACGCUGCUAUGCGCCCUUAGACAGAGACGCAGGUACACUCAUAUGCAUCGCAUUUGGAGAAUUCUGUUUCGAAGCCGAAAAUCCCCUCAUCGACGCAGAAACUCUAGCGGCCGAACUGACCAAAUUCCUGUGCAAGUCACAUUGCACAGCACAUGGCGUGUUGAAAAUCUACCAGAAUGCCCUGAACAGGAAAAUGGAGUAUUACUUACCUUUUGUCAUGCAAUGGCGUCAAGAGAUUCUGUGCCAUCAUCCUCUCCCAUCAUCAUCAUCACCCGAAAUGGAAAAGUCAAAGCACUCCAAAUUGAGUGUUUUGAUGGCGAAAUCCGGAAAUUCGCGGCUGGUUACGAAAAAGAGGGAUAGUGUUCUGGCGAGUGCGGAUCUGCAGCAUUGGGAGAAGUUGUCCGCUUCGACAGAUGGUCAUGGUUAUCAUGCGAGAAUGUCCUUGUCUAAUGAACUCGAUCGGCAGGAAACGGAUCGCACGUCUUUGCAUUCUGUGGGGAGUCGCAAUGAGAAGCAGAAGCGACAUUGGAGGCCUUUUAGUGCUCAUGUAGAGGGUGGGUUUCGCAUGGAGAUUGAUUGA